AUGGUCAUCGCGAUGUCUGGAGUGAGAAAUCGAUUCAAACUUGAAAUGCCGAAGCCGCGGGAGACACCGAAUUUGAACCUAGACGACAAAUGCAAAAUUAAGCUGACCAAUGAGUCGGAGGAAAUCGAAAUUGCAGCGAAGGAUCUAGAGGUUCUUGAGGAGUUAGGAAAAGGUGGCUAUGGAGUUGUGGAAAAGAUGCGCCAUCGGCAGUCGGGAAUUACAAUGGCCGUGAAGCGAAUUCCCUCCUCGAUCCACGAUGAAUCCCAGAAACGUAUGUUAACCGAACUCGACGCUUGUAAACGGAGUGAUUGCUGCCCUCAAAUGGUGCGUUUCUACGGAGCUAUGUUUCGCGAAGGGGAUGUUUGGAUAUGCAUGGAAGUGAUGGACACUUCGCUUGACAAAUUUUAUAAGAAGUGUUAUGCUCUCGGACGAAGACUUCCUGAACCUUUUCUAGCGAAGGUGACGUUGUCGGUUGUUGAAGGCCUUAAUUUUAUGAAAGAGGAUAUGAAUUUGAUCCAUCGUGAUGUGAAACCGUCAAAUAUACUGCUCAAUCGGCAUGGGCAGGUGAAAAUAUGCGACUUUGGCAUAUCAGGUCAUCUCGCAAACAGUUUAGCAAAGACCGUUGCUGCUGGUUGUAAAUUUUAUAUGCCACCUGAGCGAAUCGACGGUGACAUGAAAGGUUCAUAUGACGUAAGAGCUGACGUGUGGAGCCUCGGAAUCACUCUGGUGGAAAUUGCUACUGGGAAAUAUCCAUAUGAAGUAUGGGUGACACCUUUCCAGCAGUUGAAACAGGUCAUUGAAGAACCAGCUCCUCGGCUGCCUUCUGAUGGCUCAUUCUCUGCCGAUUGUCAAUAUUUUGUACAACGUUGCUUGGAGAAGAACCCUCACGAACGUCCGAAAUAUCCCGAGCUCUUAGCGAUGCCUUUCCUUGACUCUGCUAGAAAUGAAAAGCAGUUCAGUAUGGCCAGGUUCGUUGUCGAGGUGUUGGAUGCUGUGCAGCCUCCCCAAAUCCCGACGAAUAAGUAA